AACACAAACAAUUGAUUGACUUUUGGAGACAUUUUUGUCGACAAGUUUUGAUUGAAUUAAAAGUUUUUGCAUUUAUUUUAUCGUUUCUUUGUCCCGAAGAUGUGAAUCAAAUGCAGUGAUCGAUGAUUUGCCACAAAAUAUGCGUUUUGAUCGCCAAUUGAGUCGCGGAUCAAGUGCUUGAUAUCAUGUCCGACAAUACCUAUGAUGGCAGUGGCAGUGAUGGCCAACCACUCGAAGACUUUCGAGUGUCGGCGCCGAAGAAGAGUAGAGGCGAUGACCUGAAGAGGAGAGCGCACAACGGCAUCGAGAAGAGGCGUAAAGACAAAAUCAAUUACUGGAUCUAUAAGUUGGCGGAUGUG